CUGUCCCCGGCUUAUCGAGCCCAACAAAUCAUACUUCACCUGUCCGAAUCAUGACGCCAUCUCGGCUGUCUCCUCAACCGGCCGAACUGCGCCAUCAUCGUUGCCAACGCCAUGUAUAAUCAAGGCAAGAUCAUCAAGAGGCUUCUUGGCCGUCCAAAUACCGACAGUCCCAACGAUGCGAGUCUCGCUGCCGCCAACUCCCACAAUCCCCAAACAUACCGCCCAAAUGCCUCGCAAAACGCCGUCUACUCUUCUUCCGUUCCUGCCGCCUGCCUCGACCGGUCUCCCGAUGGCCGAAUCGCUGUCUUGGGCGGCCGGUACGUGCUCAAGACUAUCCAUAUAGACGGGUUGAGUAUCAAGGACGGUAUCGAUGUGCGCGCUGCCAUUACAUCUCAGUUCGCAAACAAGAGCAGCGCGGGCAGCCUUGCCUCAGAACAAUUGUCUAUAAAAGACGUCAAAGUGGCUGCUCAUCAUGGCGCCGAGCCUACCAUCUUCACCGCAUGCGCCAAUGGCAAGAUCUUCAUGUAUGAUAUCAACCGCCUUGCUUCGGGCUUGAGUUUGGAUUUCAUCCAGUCAUCUGAUGGUUCGCGACAAGUCAACAAACUCGACUUUAAUCCACACCGAGGCACGUGGAUGCUAUCCGGAGGCCAGGAUGGUGUCGUGCGCUGCUUUGACGUCAAGGCACCAGUUCAUGGACGCAAUGGCCUAACAUUUCGAACUUUUCAAGCCUUGCGAUGCAAUGCUGACGGCGUUCGUGAUCUGAAGUGGGCACCCAAGGAUGGCAUGAUGUUGGCCUGCGCCACUGAAUCAGGCGCAAUAUUGAAAUGGGACAUCCGCAGGCCUACCAACCCUUUGCUAAAAAUCAACGCCCACGACACACAAAAGGGGGUCUCUUCAAUAUCAUGGCACCCUGACGGCGACCACCUCAUCAGUGCUGGAUUUGAUGGGAAAUGCUAUGUAUGGGACCUAUCCAAAAACGCAGAAAAGAGACAAAAGCCCAAAUGGACAAUUAAUGCUCCAGCACCUGUAACCUCCGUCUCGUGGCGACCAGGACUCUGGUCUGCUACUGCGCAGGGACGGCGGGCUGCGCAAGUUGCGGUAGCCUAUAAUGAAGGUAGUAAUCUGAGGAAUGGCAUUAACUCCGUACAUAUCUGGGAUCUCGCGCGCCCAACGAUGCCCUACAAGGAGAUUGAUAUGUUUGAAGCCUCACCAAGUGCCCUUCUCUGGCACGACCAGGACUUACUCUGGGCUGCGGGUCAAGACGGGUUCGCACAAUGUGAUGUUGCUUUCGCUCCCAAAGUCAUGGACCGUCAACCCCUUUCAAGCCUUGAUUUUUCUGCUCGAGGAGAGGUUCUUAUGUUUCUCGAAGAGAGAACCCAAGUAACAAGGCCCCGAGUGACAGUCAAAGCACAUGACAUCCUUCCCAAUUCCUCGUUUAGGUCUAGUCCAACUGGUCAGAUGCUGAGCAUCAGCCGCAGUGACUCCGAAGAAGAUGUUAUUGGUAGCUUCUUGGGCCCAAAACGUCGGACUAGUGGGAAGCGACGAAGUACACAUCGACCAGCACAAUCACUUAGUACAACUCCACCGUCGGGGCCAGGAAUUGAAGAUCAGGUCAUAUCGUUAGAGCAAGCAAUCAAGUUGACUGCUCCCUUCAAACCACAGCAAGUGAUGGCGGUUGGACGUAUUCCGGCUAGUACCUCAGUCAGCACAUAUCAUUUUCUCUCGCAGCAAUAUCUUGAGAUUCUUGAAGCAGAUCUCCCAAACUCAGAAGAUGCGGGGUUACUUGAUCAGAGGGUUCUGAAGAUUAUGUCCAGAUACGCUCGUGCCGCUGAAAGUGUGAGCCAGUUUCGCCUGGCACAAACAUGGCGCUUGUUAUCUUAUGCAAUCAACCUGCUUCUGGCAAGCCGGGCAAGAUAUCACUUAGAGUAUCGUCUUAACGGUACCGAGGGCACACCGGUCUCCGAGAAGGAAGCUGACGCGAAGCCCGUAGUUCCAAAAGUUCAUUCAUCUUCUCAGCUUCGCCUUAGUGGUGGAGAAACCCCAAGACCGCCAACAUCAGUACCAUUUAUGGACACUCAUCCAAUUCCAGAAAGAUUACGACUCAUUGAAGAGAUUGAUAAUGAGUCCAACAUAAACACUCCCCUUGCUCGGCCAAUCCAAGAGGACCAUGUCGUAUUUGAGAACUCCAGUACUGCGAAGAAGUUGACUCCAGUUCAUGAGGUUGAGGACUUCAACCUGCCACCAGCAGUCCAUUCUGGAACUGCUAGCGUUCGCCGGCGACUGGAUUCUACUACUUUAUCUACAAUCAGUCAAGAAAGUCAGGAAUCGAGUAUAGAAGGAUAUGACUUUUAUGAUGUAGAAGCCAUUGAAACACUGCCAAUUCCCAUCGACGUACCGAAGCAGAAGAAAGAGCCAUUGAGAAUUGACCCAAUAGAACCAAGGUCUCCUAAUAGUCGCCGAAAGCCUGCAGUGAGGCUCAACUCAGACGAAAGUUUUAUGCAAAUGUUCUCGCUAUCAGAUACGAGUCGCCAAGCCUCGCUCCUUGGAACAUCAUCUGGAGGGAGCGUACAGCAAACGAGGAGCGUCCUGCAGCGAAAUGAAUCGGGAGGCAGCGAAGCUGAAUUUGCCAGCAGGAUACGGGGCCGGCAAAUUGACGACUCCCCAGUACGCCACGAUUGGCCGCUACCCCGGCCCCUAGAGAGGUAUGAGUCGGACGUCUUAACAGAUGAUUUCAUGAUCUCUCAAGCAACUGCAGACACCGUCGAGAGUGACCUGGCGGAUGUCAUUGAAGUCAAUCAACAACCCGCAAAACCCAGACCUCAUCCACUGGCCAUUCACGAUGCAGCAUCUCGAAUCAAUCAAAGUGCUUCUCGACCUGAGAAUCAUCCAUCACCCACCAUUACAGAAACCGACUUCUUGCCUUGGGACGACGACCCCCCUUAUCCAUAUCGAGCCGGCUCUAGCACUUCCCCUAAUCAUAAAACACCACCCAUCCAGCCGUACGAAAUUGUAGCACAAGCAGUUGCCUUUGAGUGUAAACGCUCAGCUUUGAAUGCGUCUGCCAUGAUUUUACUCUUAAGGCCUCUUUUACCUGGCAAUAUCAUCGACGCACACCAAGCUGCCGCAGUGCUAAGGCAACACCACUCUCGCCUCAUGAAUAUGAAACUUUUUGUUGAGGCUGCAAUGCUCCGGAAUCUCUGUCUUCGUGGCUGGCCUUCUGGCAUUGAGAUCUGGGGUGAGAACUACAGUUCCAUAUUUCGCCCUGCUCAAGAGCGAGUUUCAGUUGGAUUCUCAUGCGCCCGAUGCCACAAACCUCGUGAGUUAAGCCGCUCUUCAGCUGAAGGAUCCGAAAUCUGGAAGUGUGAGCGUUGCUCUGCACUUGUAGCCCCUUGCGCAGUUUGUGGGCACCGUGAGGCGGCGACGGAAUCGACAUCUCUCACAAUUGAAGAAGGGCUUGGUGCAGCUUCUACCCAGGCUAAAGGCUCUAGCCUCUCGGUUUGGUGGUAUUGUCCCGGGUGUUCACAUGGUGGUCACGCUAGCUGUCUCCAGGAGUGGCACGCACCCAUAGCAUUGUCGGGGAUGAAUACACUCCUUGAGGCUACGAGGACAGAGUUAUUCGAGGAUGACUCACCGCAGACAAACAGCGAUGGUUGUUGUCCCUUUGACGGUUGCGGCCAUGCUUGCCUUCCUGGGAGAUGGCGGAACGAAAACAGUACAGCACGGACCGAAGAGCUGGGGCGGGCCGUGCGGGAACAGUACCGCGGCGUGAUCACUGAUCUUAAAAAGGUUGACAAUAAACAAACACUAGCGGGAGAAGCGCCACCCAUCCCUACUCCCGCCAGUAGCGUGAGAGGUGAUACUCUCGAAAUACCUCAAAGUCGAGCUGUGGAGACAGUUCGCGAAGUUCUCGCCAGCAAUAAUCACGAGAAAAGCGAGAAGCCCGGCGGUUUAAUGGGCAUCUUAAGCUCCAGUCCCGGGCGGGGCGGUAGUUUUGGCACCAGCAAUGGAGGGGUCGAAAGGGAACGCAGGAAGAGCGUCAAGUUCGCGGGGCCUACAGGUGAUCGGCGGUAGUGGCGCCGUUCUCUGGCUCAAAGCGAAAAUGGAUGAUAUGUUCUACAGGGGGUCAGGAGGCCCACCGCACAGCUUCCCCUUUGCAACACCAUAAUCGAAGCAUACACGCAGCGGACUCGAUUAAAAUUACCACCCUCCGCCCUAUUAUAUACUACUACGUUACUUGAUUAAAUAAUUGUUUUCUUUUUACAUUAUUUAUAUAUAUAGUAUUACUAUUAGGCUAAUUCCUAAUUAAUCUUUAAACCCUAUAAGGGUUAUAUUCAACUACCUGGUAUCAAGGUCUCUAUCUACGUUGGCUAGCUGCGAAUAGCCUCACAUCCUCCCUAAUAUAAGCCAUAUAAAUAACCCAGAGUGUGUGUGCCCCUGCGUAGCUGUGGAAUGAUGAGGACGGGGCCAAUUUUGGUUACUGCAAGGGCAUCAGAGAGCUAGGACAUUAUCAUUGAUACCCUUCGGCCACAAUCACAACGCAUAAUAAUGUAAUACAUAUCAUAGAGAGCCCAUGGCACUAUUUGUACAAUAUAAUAUGUUCAAUAAUUA